UUGAGUAUGAGCCAACGUGUUUUUUAAUAUUUGUCAACGCAGGAGUCUGCAUCAUGGCAAUCUAAAAGAAAAAUUUAGUUGCCGGAAUUGUUGAAGCGAAUUUUACAAAUUUUUGCGUAAUUAUUUGUUAAAAUUUCUUUAAUUUCCUCUAAAAUUAUCAUUGAAACACAGACAUAUGUCUAGUUUUCGCAAACGAGUCGUACGACGACCGAUUCCGGGCACUCGAACCAGCCCACAGACCGGACAAGUGAUAACAUCAAGUGGAAAUCCCUCGUUGGAUGUCAUAUUGGGUGGAGGUUUACCUAUCGGCUCAAUAUGUCUCAUAGAGGAAGAUAAAUUUGUCACCUACUCGAAAGUUUUGGCUAAAUAUUUCAUGGCGGAGGGUGUUUUAUCCAAACAAUAUAUAUUUUUGGGUUCUUUAGAUGACUCUCCCAAGGAAUUGAUAAAGAAAUUACCACAACAUUGUGAUGCCCCCGCCGAGGAGGAAAAUCCGGAAACAACUAAAAAUGGUUUGCGCAUAGCCUGGCGUUACAAUGAUUUACCCAUGGUAAAUUCUGAACAAACAACGGAAAAAAUAGGACACAAUUUCAAUUUGAUGGAAUUUAUGGAUCCCAAGUUAUUAGAACUUGCCCAGACCAUUACCUGGUCCGAUAAUCCCUUAGACAAUGAUAUUGUUGUAAAUCAGGAUGAAGACGAUGAUGGCUGGGAUCUUAAAGAUCCUGGCAAUGAUUUCGAAAAUGACGCCACCUAUGUUAUGGAUUCUAGCAAAGAAAUCGAAUUGGAAAACUCCAAAAAUAAUUCGACUCCCAAUCCUGCUCUAUGUUUGGAUGAUAAGCCUGAAGCUGCCGUCGAGGAUAAAAAUGCUACUGGUUCUACUGAAACUUCAGCUUCUUCAUCCAUGCCUACACCACCUUCACCAUUGUGUAAGCCACAGCCGGAAACCCAAAUUUUCACCAAUACAAAGUACUUUCGUCUACUCCAAGAGGUACACAAUUUAUUGAGUGAUGAUAAAUUUCAUUCGGGUGGUUUUUUGGUAAAGCGCAGCCUGUGUCGUGUUUGCAUUACUUCGUUGGGUUCACCUCAAUGGUACGAUGAGAAUUUCGGUGAGGAUUUACUCAAGUUUUUGACCAUUCUGCGUGCUGCUGUCCGUUCAUCGGUUUCGGUGUGCUUUAUAACGAUGCCUAUGCAUUUGGUGGCUAAAUAUGAUGAUACCUUGGUUUCGAAAAUACGCAAUUUAGUCGAUUAUGCCAUUGAAUUGGAAUCAUUUGCCGGCUCGGAUAAAGAAACAAAUCCAGCUUUCAAAGAAUACAAUGGUCUAUUUCAAUUGCGUAAAAUUGCAGCCAUUAAUACACUAAGUGCCUACAUGCCGGAAACAACUGAUUUGGCAUUUAAACUAAAACGCAAAAAGUUUGUCAUUGAAAAAUUACAUUUGCCACCGGAAUUACAAGAUGAUUCAGCUGCUAAACAAGAUGUAAAACCAACACUUAGUUGUGGCAGUAAUAUAAGUCCAAAUCCAAAUGUUUCGUUGGAUUUUUAAACAACAACAAAAGUACAAGUUAAAAAAACAGUUUAAUUUACUCUAACAAACCAGAAACAGUUAACAGCUACAAUAGACAUUUUUCAAUAAUAUUUUUUUAUAAAAUACAAAAUAAUUAAAACUAAAAAGGAGAAGAAAAACUCAUUUGAAUAAGUCGUCCUUAGCAAACCUUAAUACAAUUUAAUUUAAAAUAAACUCAAUUCUAUAAAUAACUGAAGAAGGCAAUAACAACAAUAAACAUCUAACUACAAUUUAGAAUAAACAUUUUUUAAAAAUAAAUUCUAAUAUUUUUUUUUAAAUUUUAUAUUUAUAAUUUUUCUUUAGCGAUUAUAUUUGUAAUAUGUAUUACUAUUUUAUGGCCACCAAUUAAAAUGAAAACUAAAAACAAACAAACAAAACAAAAAAA